GUGCGAGUCCGAGGGCACCGAGUAGAACUAGAACUUUCCUAACUCCAAUUUCUGUGGGACAAAAAAGCACCGCUGCCGAGAUUAGAGCAAACACUCAGUAUGGCAUCUGCAAGCUCUUCGCAGUCAACAUUCAGGCUGGGCCGUACUAAGAAGAACCCUACCGUUAUGGAUCAGAUCGGAAAGUUCUUCGGAGGGGAGAAAAAGAAGAAGGGGAAGGGGUCUUUUCGUGGUGGUUUAUCCUCGUCGCCCCAGAGAUCGAGCGCAUCUCCUCGUCGCCGCCCAGAUGAGAACGCGGUCAUGCACUUUCUCAGAACCAUUGUUUCUCCCUCUACCCCCAAAUCUAGGAGAGAGCAGAAAUCACAGAGCUCUACUAAAGGACAAAAGGGACGUGGAGAGAGUCAAGGCACCCUAACUCGGAUCUUCAAAAUGGGAGGAAGCCAGUCUACUUCAUCUUCCAAGCGUUGAAACCUCAUUACCUUUUCCCAUCAAGAAAAAGAGGAGAAAGACAAAAGAUGAAUGAAAAAGUUAUCUUUCUAAUACAUUAAUAACGACUCAAAAGAAGCUUUUGCUUUGAUAUGGUAGAAUACAAUCUGUGUCUUUUGAAUUAUUCCUGUUUGGUCUCGUCAAACUCGCAUGUGUCUAUAAUCUUUGUCCCGUCUCUGUCGUGUCAAAUAUGUAUGGAUUCAAAAAUGCUUACAUUGACACGGCUUACUGUAAGUGCAGGCAUGUUGUGAAUUAAAUCUCAAACGUGUUUUUGUGUAAACCCAAAGAACACUCUUUCCUUUACAGAGUGAUGGGGUUUUUGCGAGGACGUGCUCUGCAUCGCAUAAUUCAUUAAACGUAUCAUGAACGUGCUGACGCAUCAACAAACAGAUAUAGUUUUCUAAUGAAUUUAGUAAGUGUGUAUUUACUGCACCUCAUUUGUAUAUUGACUGAUUCUGUGCUCUUCGCUCAUCAUAGUCUGAACCUUCACUUCUAUUCAUAUAAAACAAGCGGAAAAAGGGUUCUUAUUUAACUGAUGAAAUUGUAUUUUAUGUUUGUUACUCCUAAUUAUUGCAGACAAUUAAAAACAUGCAAAAAGUU